AUGUCCCUCAUUCAUCGUCAACCACCUGGAAACAUUUCAGCCCUCCUCCCAUUACCGUCAUUCACCAUCAUUCAACCUGUGAACAUUUCAGCCCACAUAAGUAUUCAUUCACCGUCAACCUGUGAACAUUUCAGCCCCCCUACGUACUUAUUCACCGUCAACCUGCGAACAUUUCAGCCCUCCUACGUACUCAUUUAUUCAACCGUGAACAACCAUCAACCUGUGAACAUUUCAGCCCCCCACGUAUUCAUUCACCGUCAACCUGUGAACAUUUCAGCCCUCCUACGUACUCAUUCACCGUCAACCUGUGAACAUUUCAGCCCUCCUACGUACUCAUUCACCCCCUCCCACGUACUCAUUCACCGUCAACCUGUGAACAUUUCAGCCCUCCCACGUACUCAUUCACCGUCAACCUGUGAACAUUUCACGUACCCAUUCCAAAGUGAACUCAUCAUUUACCGUCAGCCCGUGAACAUUUCACCCCUCUCACGUACUCCUUCACCGUCAACCACCUGUGAACAUUUCAGCCCUCCUACGUACUCAUUCACCCCCUCCCACGUACUCAUUCACCGUCAACCUGUGAACAUUUCAGCCCUCCCACGUACUCAUUCACCGUCAACCUGUGAAUAUUUCAGCCCCCCCACGUACUCAUUCACCGUCAACCUGCGAACAUUUCAGCCCUCCUACGUACUCAUUCACCGUCAACCCGUGAACAUGUCAUCCCUCCCACGUACUCAUUCACCGUCAACCACCUGUGAAUAUUUCAGCCUUCCCAAGUUCUCAUUCCUCUUCGACGUGUGA